AUGCUCAGGUCAAUCUGUCUUCUAUGUGUCUUGACUCUUACCCAACUCGUAUGGGCCGUCCGACCCGCCUCACUGAAACAAGUCAGUGAAUGGAGUCCGAAGCGUCCGGAAAAACCACUUACCAAUGCGGAAAGAUUUAAACGUGGAUUGAAACCCAACACUCCUCGUAAAUUAUACAAUGCGACCGCAACUCGACCUGCUCUUGCUCGUCGAUCUCCUAUGGUCUAUUCAGGAUACGUCAGAUCUGUUCCCGCGACCACAGGUACAAAUGGAAGCCCAUUCGAUACUGUUUCUUAUUUGUACUAUUCACCGGAAGAAGAUGCUUUUCGAUUGUCAACGGAUCCGACACAAGCAGAUUUAUUCCAAUGGUAUGGAGCUGGUAUUGAACAAUAUCUCUAUGCAAACCAUGGUGGUACGGUUUAUCAAGUUUGCGCACAUGUCAUAAGUCAAGGGACCGGGGUGAACAUGUAUGGUAGUGCUACCGGGGGAUACACAACAGCAAAUUUCGCUUCAUGUCCUAUCGCUUAUCAAUCUCAAUCAGAAUCAGAAGCUUACGGAGCAUAUUAUCAAGCACCCAUUUGGGGUAUGAACCCAGCCGAAGCAUCGGGACAAGAACUCGUUUCUUGGUUCUUCAAUUCGGAUCAAAGUAUUACCGCUUUUUCCCUCUUUUGGGUAUUUAGCAAUAAUUUUUAUUCUCAAGCUUUGGGAUUGGCUUUGGAUGGUAGUGAAUUUCCGGGGGAAACAAAUUACGCCUCGAUCGAUUUAUAUUUGAUAUCGACUUUACCGGUAUGA